AUGCACCCUCGUCAGUUCUAUGUGAGAUUCUCAUUCAUGACUGUCAAACCAUUGCACCAAAGAACAAUAGCGAGUCACCCAGAUGUUAUGAAGACAAAACAACACGCUAUCGGCCAGAUGGUAGCAGAAAUUCCGCAGACUCAUGUCAUGAAACAAGAGACAAAUACACGACCCGGCCACAUUAAAGAGAAUACUAACGAAACUAGACUGUCACCAAGGAAUGAGACUAUCCAGACUAAUGACGCUAGACUGACACCAAGGAAUGAGACUAUCCAAUCUGACGACUCUAGACUGACACUAAGGAAUGAGACUAUCCAGACUAACGACUCUAGACUGUCACUAAGGAAUGAGACUAUCCAGAUUAACGACUUUAGACUGACACUAAGGAAUGAGACUAUCCAGACUAACGACUCUAGACUAUCACUAAGGAAUGAGACUAUCCAGACUAACGACUCUAGACUGACACUAAGGAAUGAGACUAUCCAGACUAACGAUGCUAGACUAUCACUAAGGAAUGAGACUAUCCAGACUAUUGACGCUAGACUGUCACUAAGGAAUGAGACUAUUCAGACUAAUAACACUAGACUGACACUAAGGAAUGAGACUAUUCAGACUAAUGACGCUAGACUGUCACUAAGAAAUGAGACUAUUCAGACUAAUGACGCUAGACUGUCACUAAGGAAUGAGACUAUCCAGACUAAUAACACUAGACUGACACUAAGGAAUGAGACUAUCCAGACUAAUGACGCUAGACUGACACUAAGGAAAGAGACUAUUCAGACUAAUGACACUAGACUGUCACUAAGGAAUGAGACUAUUCAGACUAAUGACAUUAGACUGUCACUAAGGAAUGAGACUACUGAGCAGGACAAAUAA